UCACAUAGGAGUGCCCUUUAGAGCAAAGAGAAAAUUGACAACCCUAAACCCACUUGAUUGGUCUAUCCAGUCAUCUGAUAGCUGCAGACAAAUUCUUUAGCACUCAGUUACGGGCCUCCUAUUGCUAUCCCAGGCACAUAGGACUGACAAGUGCUCUGGCCAAUAAUAUUGAUUCCUAAACCUGAAGGGGAAGUACAAUCCCCGUAUGCAGGAAAAUAUCCUUUCUGAGACAUACAGCUUUAAUCUGACCCUUAGUAACAUACUGUCAUGCAAGAUUUAACCCGUCUCUGUCCUAAAUUCCUUAAAAUCCUUGCUACUCCUGGUUAGGAUUACAGCACAGCUAAACUGGGGGUCUGGUUUCUUGCCUUCAGCUGCCUUUCAGGAUACCUCUGUCAUUACAGCCACAUGACCAGGAGGAGUUUUUAGUGACUCUCCCUCCUGCUAUGCAAAGAGGCGGAAGUGAAAGGCAUCUGAAAGCGUGAGAAGGGGGUGUCUGGACAAGGUGCUGAAGAUGGCAGGCAGCUCUGAGCUCUGGAUUGGAAGCGCUUAUCUAUUUCUUCAGUCGACAUCUGAGAAGAUUGUCCUGCCCUCUCUUUAUGGAAGCUCCCAACAGAAAUCUAGCAUCUUCAAGGCACUCAAGCUGGCUUUUGCAGAUUCCACAGGCAGCCUGGACGGUGUCGACAUGCUCAAAGUGCACUGCAGUGAGCCGCACCUGAUUAUUCAGCUUAAAUUCUGCGUGCGAGAAAACUGCCGCAAAUUCCUUCGGAGCUACCGGGCUGGGUUGUUCCGCGAGUCUCUCCAGAACCAUCUCCGAGUCACCCUGUCAGUGACAGCUGUAUCUGUUGAAGUGGAGCUGAAAACUGGCAGUGAGCAGUUGGAUCACAUGCUGAAUGAGGAGGAGCGCUGUUUGGACUAUAUCUACAAAGAAAAGCCUGACCGCCUGAGGGACGAGGAAAUUGCAGAGCUGGAGGAAUCUUUCAGAAGCCUGACUUGUCAACAGAAGAGCAACAACACAAAUGAGUACAACUCUUUAAACUCCUCAUCUCUGCAUUACUGUUCUGGAGGGAGCACUCUGCCAGCAGGAGCCACCUUCAUCUUUCAGGAACAACAAUUUGUCAACAGAACACUCACCCCAGAUGACCAUCAAAAGUUUGCCAAGCUUGUGUCGAAGAAAUGGAAGCAGGUGGGGAGGUCUUUGCAGAAGAGCUGCCGUGCCCUUCGUGAUCCUGUUAUUGACAACUUGGCCCACGAAUAUGACCGAGAGGGAUUGUAUGAGCAAGCGUACCAGCUCCUUCUCAGGUUUAUCCAGUCAGAGGGCAAGAGAGCUACAUUACAGAGGCUGAUUGCAGCCCUGGCAGAAAACAGUCUCAUAUCCAUAGCAGAAGACCUCUUGGGCCUCCACCAUAGUGAGAACAACACAUCAUAGACAAGGAAGGGAGAAGCCAGGAAUUUGCUUGUUUCAGACAGUUUCCAAGGCUGUUGUCAAUGUCCCAGGAAUGUAAAGCUCAGUCAACCACCAUGAUAUCUACUCCACUGAGAAUGCUAAAGAAAAGCCACAGUGCUGUUACCAAGUCAGCAUGUGUACUGAAUUACUGCAGGAUUGACACACUUCAUUGUACACCAUUGCCAGGAGACAAUCAAUGCUGUUAUAGGCUGGGGAGCAUGGCUUCCCAUUGGCUCCCAGUAAGUAUCCUUCUGAGGAGACAUGUUGCAAUGCACCUAACAGUGCUACAUCCCAAGCCUAAAGAUCAUGCCAACAUGGUGUAUGUCAAAGAGCAACUGCGGGCCUAGAGAGUCUUUUGGAAAGCAUUCUACCAUUGCUUAGAAAUAAUUAUGCUAAUUGAAUAUAGUACAAACUUGGAGGGGUCCCCCCCUUCAUUUUUUACAAAUAAGGACAUUUCAUGACAACAGUAACUCCCCACCCAGCCUACUGAAAGCUUAUCUGCUCUUUCCUUUCUCACCCUACCAGAAGCCAUACUCCUUACUCUGAUAAAGUCUCCAAGCAAGCCAUGAGGUCCAUU